AUGAGAAUUGCGCUCGAAGAGGCGCAGAGGGCUGCUGACGAAGGAAAUGUCGGAGUCGGCUCUGUGAUAGUGAUGGACGGCGAACUGGUUGCACGAGGACGCAACCUCGUACCCACCACGCACGACCCGACGGCCCACGCCGAGACUGUUGCCCUGCGUGAAGCGGCUUCGGUCCUAGGCACUGAUGAUAUGUCGGGUGCGACUCUUUACACUACCUUCGAGCCAUGUCCGAUGUGCUGCGGCGCUCUGACGAACGCCAACAUAGCCACUCUGGUCAUGGGUGGCAGGCCAACUGCGGACCAGACGCGCUGGGGAAACUACACGCUUGAGCGCCUUCUGGAAAUGUGCGGCUGGGACGACCGCAUAGAAGUAGUUACGGACGUACUGGUCGAGGAGUGCCUGAACAUCAGGCUGCCACAAUAG